UUUUACUGAUGGAACCGGGUUUGCAAUAGAACCACCGCAUAACCCUGUAAACAAUUAUACUAGUCAAGAAUUUAACGCAAUUCGAAGCGACGUUAAUAAAUUGAAUUGUGAAGCUCAAAUGAAAGCGUUAUUACGAUUUCAAGUUAAACAAAAUAAACUAAAACGUUUAGAAUUUCAUAAUACUAUUAAGGAUGAAUAUGGAGACGUUGAAAAGAAAAUUAAAGAGAGACAUGAUGAAUUGGAAUUAUUAAAAUUGUUUGGUUUUAAUAUUAAAGAAAAAAACCUUGAUAAACUAAUCAAUGAAAAUGAUGAAUUAAUUAAGAAAGAUAAAGUUGAGGAGAGCACGAAUAAAAGAAAUCAGGAUAUUGUAACUAUUGCCGAAAUUCUAAAGUAUGACAAAAAAGCUUAUGAUGAAUAUUGUUCAAAAUAUGAGUUAGAUCAAAAAUUAAGAAAACUAUCUCAACAAGGCCAAUAUGAAAGAUUAAAGAAAUUACAUUCCUUUAUUAUGGGUAAAGUGGAAGCCAUCCAGUCAAGCAGUCCAGUGACUUCAAUUAGUGAUAAUUCUCUUUAUAUGAAAACUACAAACGAGGAAAAUAAACAACAAAAUUCUACCGUUGAACAAACGUCCAAAAUCAUGGUAGAUCAAAAAAGUGAUAUCAAUAUUUCAAACAAUUCGAUAAAAAAUAAUGAUGAUUCUUCUCAACCAAACAUAUUAUCAAAAUCAACUUCUAUAUCAAUAAAAUUUAACCAAAGAAAAUUCACUGCCAAAAAAGAUAUCUUUUCUAUGGAAUGCAUUCCAAAUAAGCCAUCUUCACAAUCAAAUCAAUCAGGAAUUAAAGACAAAACUGAUCCGAACGAUAGUCCGACAUCAAGUUCUGAUAAGAGUAGGAAUACAAAUUUGAGUGAUUAUAAACAUUUUUCAAAUUCUUAUUCAAUCUCUACACCUUGGAGAGGUAGAUCUAAGUAUCCAUAUAGUUACAUUCCAAAUAGAUCAAGAACUAUUAUCGAUAGAAAUCAAGAUUAUUCGAUCUUUAGUUAUAGGAGAUCUAUUAAACCAUCUCGACCAUUUAAAAAAUUACGUUCUCCUUAUGAUAACAAAUAUCCUAGAUUGUUUUCAACUUUUCGAAGCGAAAUAAAAAGUUUUAGUCCUUCAUAUUCACAAAACAGAGUUUGGAAAAAUGAUUAUUCAGAUUCGAAAUUUUCAAGGCAUUAUUCUAGUUAUUCUAGAGAUAAAGAUUCAACUUCUACUGUUGAUAAUUCAA